UGCAGGAUUGGUGGAAGUGUUGCACCUGAGAAUCGGAUCGGGCGCAGAGUUCUGCUGAGUUUCAAAGAAACCCCGGGAAGUAACGCUACCUAUGAGUGCGCUCCUUCCGGUCCCUGCGUUCCCUGCCUCUACUCCGAAAAGAAUGAUGAAAAAUAUAGGUGCAGUGAGACUGUUUAUCGUAUUCCAUACAAAUGUGUAGAAAUUAGAGAUAAUUCGAAGGACGCAAAUGUGAAAAAUUCUCAUAAUAGCCGUUUUACUCUUGAAAUCUCUGACAAGAAUACAAAAUUAAAUGGUGUAUUGCAUGAUGCUGGAGAACUCACUUCUUCAAUGAGGGAGAGAAGUGUACUUGAUGAUCCAUCAAUGUUAAAGAGUGGACUGCAAGCUUAUACUACAUAUGAAAGCUGUUUACCGCCGGUUAAUGAAGAGAAGUUGUCAGUGCUUGGGUUUGAGGGGAUUGUGUUGUGUUUGUUGCUCAUUAGCGGCACGGUUGUAUACUUCAGAAGAAAGCGGACCAUUGCAAUGACAGGUUUUGGAGGGAGGAUCCAGACCAACUCUAGGUUUUAAUGCAUCGUAUGGAUCCUUUUGCUUUAUAUUUUCCCCUAUAAUAAAUAGCAAGUCAAACAGUGUAAUAACAUCUAAAAUGAUUAGAUCAUUCUAAACUUUUAUUCAAUGUAAAGAGAAGACAACCUUA